CGCCGCAUUCGAAAACCUUCCUCGCGAAACACCAGCCCCGCUCCUCACCCUCCCCCACCUCCCCUGGUCCCUCGCGAGAGCAGGUCCGGGUCGCGUCUCCGGCGGCGGAGAAGCAAGGGCGGCGGAGAUGUCGGUCAGCAACAUAGGGAUGAUGGACGGCGCCUACUUCGUCGGGCGGAACGAGAUCCUCGCCUGGAUCAACACCACGCUGCAGCUCGGCCUCGCCAAGGUCGAGGAGGCGGCGUCGGGCGCGGUGGCGUGCCAGCUCAUGGACGCGGCGCACCCCGGGGCGGUGCCCAUGCACAAGGUCAACUUCGACGCCAAGAACGAGUACGACAUGAUCCAGAACUACAAGGUCCUGCAGGAUGUGUUCAACAAGCUAAAGAUCACCAAGCAUAUUGAAGUCAAUAAGCUCAUCAAAGGAAGGCCCCUAGACAACCUGGAGUUCAUGCAGUGGAUGAAAAGAUACUGUGAUUCUGUUAAUGGUGGAUUCAUGACCAGCUACAAUGCUUCCGAGAGAAGAGAAAGCAGCAAGGGUGGGAAAGACACCAACAGAAGGACAUCAGGGACUUCCCAGGCGCCUGCCAAGUCUGCAUCUGCCACCCACAAAGCUCAGCCUCCGUCGCAUGCUGCUAAGCGAGCCAACGGGCAUGCUUCAAAUGCUCCACAGCGGUGUGCAAGGCCGCCUCCAGCUGCAGCACCAGCUUAUGAUGCACAGAUGACCGAGCUGAAACUCCUUGUUGAUAGCGCCGAGAAAGAGAGAGAUUUCUAUUUCUCUAAGCUGCGGGACGUUGAGAUCUUGUGCCAGAGCCCCGAGGUUGAGCAUUUACCGAUUGUGAAGGCCAUCCAGAAGAUACUCUAUGCUUCGGAGGACGACCCCUCGACGGUGGCGGAAGCCCAGGCAGAGAUGGUGGCGCAGCAGAACCAGAUGCAGCAGCAGCCAAUGCUGAGCCCGAUCCUGGAGGCGUCUGAGGCCCCAAGCAUCACCCCCAAGGAUUCUUCCGAGGAGAGCUUGAGGCAGGAAGCAGCGGCAGCACACAAGAGGAAGAGCAUCUCGGACCUGGAGGAGUUCGAGAUGGGGUCGAGCUCCAGGAUGAGGCUCUCGGACGUCUCGGACGUGCAGCUGUGCGGCUCACCGUUGAUGAGCUUCACCUGAAAGAAAGGAGGGACCGAAUUGCAGGGGCUGAGUUGUUGUCAUUACCGGUUAUGACUUGUGGGUUUAUCUUGUGUUGUUUCGUUCGUUGUUUGGUGUUAUAAUGUGUGUGCUCUUGUGGAGCUGGAGUUGAACCUGCCUUUGACUGUGAUUGAUCUGCCACAGCAUUUGUGGCCUUCUGCAACAUGUUAUUAUUGAAUAGCCUCUUUUAUGUA